AUGUCCUUCAAAGGUGAUUAUGAGAGCCCUGCCAUCGCAUCAGGAUUCUUGUUCAUUUUUGCUGCUAUGUUGGGAACUCACAAUUUGGAAAAGUUUUAUGAAAUUACUGGAAAGUGGCAAGAAAGUAAGACGAAGCGGAUUCCCCAGGAUCUGUGGGAUUUACUCAAUAUGCAGCAGCAGCAGUGUGCCUUAUUGAUAGAGGAGAAGAACAAGCUUAUUGGUGACUUACAACAGGAGUUAAAAGCAAAAGAUGAUCAGUAUGUGAAAGACCUGAAGAAACAGGCUGAUGACAUUAACCUGCUACUAGGGAGGAUGGAAGAACAAGUCAAGACUCUAAUCAAGACCUUCCGUCAAGAGCUCUUCCAGAUUGAGAAAGCAUUUGAGCAGGAGCGGCAAGAGCUACUGGCCAGUAAUAAGAAGAAAUGGGAGCGGGAGAUGUACAUUCACAAUGCCAAGGAGUUGGAGUAUCUGAUGGCCCACAUGAGGAGAGUAGAAGAUUAUGAAAAGCAGUUAAGCCAGCAGAGAAUUCGGGACUCAGAAGAAUACAACUCCAUCAAGAUCAAGCUGGAGCUGGAUGUACAGAUACUAGAGCAACAGCUCCAGCAGAUGAAAGCAACUUAUCAGCUAAAUCAGGAAAAACUAGAAUAUAAUUUCCAAGUGCUAAAGAAAAGAGAUGAAGAGAACACAAUCAUUAAGUCCCAGCAGAAAAGAAGGAUCAACCGAUUGCAUGAUGUGUUGAACAACCUGAGAAUGAAAACAACGAAGCAGAUAAAGCAAUACUAUGAGGACAACGCGACUCUGACUGGGGACUACAAACGCAUUGUGAUACAAUUCAGGGAUCUGCAGAAAACCAUGAGGCAUUUUUCAAUUAUCAACGACAAGCAGUUUCAGGAGAUUUGGAUCAUGAAUGAAGAAGAAGCAAAGGCUUUAAUAGAAAAAGCCCUCGAUGCAGACAAAAUCAUCCAAUUACAGCAGCUGGGACUUCCCUGGACCAGACCUAACUACUGGUAUAUGGACAAUGUGGGGCCCAUUUCUCAAGUCAAGAAGAAGUCAGCUACAGAGUUAGUCCAGGAGCUGUUGGUCCUAGCUAAUGAAGAGGAGCAAGAAUCUGAAAGUCGAAGAUCAUCCUCAUUAGUACGAAAGCCCAAACUGUCCCUGCCAGAACAUUUAACUCCAAGGACUAUCAAACGAAUACUGGAGAUUAUGUGUGACGAAUCAGGUUUUCUGAUAGAGAGUAAGUUGCUGAGCCUUCUCCUUCCCCUUGAGAGGAAUGAAAGUUGUCUGCUGAAGCUAGACUCCAUCUUUGCUGCCCUUGGGAUUGAAAAUGAAGAUGAUGUUUAUGCUCUGGUGAAAUUCUUCCUCAAUUUUCAAGCCAGAAAGAAGUUCUAUAUACAGAGCAAUGACACCCUGACUGCAGAAGAUGAAGUCACUGAAGCCAAAAGGGAAAGUGAAAACAUAUCUGAGCACCGUGAGCUGGCACACCUUCUCCAUUCUGAGUUCCUUCAUCCUAAUGAUGUUCUCAAGGCCUUGAAGGCUUUUGUCAUUAAUCAGCGGAAGCUCAGGGAGGACCCAAUGCCUGUAAAGGUGGUGUCACACAGAGAGAUACGGGAUACCUCAAAGGAUUCAGAAUACUGGACAGCCCUGUGUUAUAUCAUCCCUCUCCAAAGACAGAAACUGUGGGAUGCCCUAAUUGAUGCCUUACAGAAAUACCACAAUGUCCUCACUCUUCGGGCCAAGCUGCUGAAUGACAUCGAGUUCCUUGAGCAGCAGAACACAGAGCUGCAGAUGCUGCUGCAGCAGUACAUCGAUUCCAGGAUAAACCUUGAAUUACAAGUCCCUCCCACCCAGGUAUUUCAAAUGUCCUUGAAAUAG